UAAUGUCCACAUUGAGCAAUACGUAGGAAUGUAUGAAAGUUAGAUGAUUCGUCAUGAUCGCGAGAGAUUAGACCGUUAACUGUUACUGGUAGACUCGAUCUGUUAAUGUCAUCAGUGUCGUUAAUAAUGGAUGAAAAAGGGGAUCGAUGCGGUGUGCUAUUUGUCUGCAUGGGCAACACAUGCAGAUCAACAAUGGCUGAGGGAAUUCUGCGACAUCUUUUGAAUAAAAAGGGACUUACAGCGAAGUAUCAUGUAGACAGUGCUGCAAUAAUGGACUGGCAAGUGGGCAAUCCAGUUGACAAGAGAACUCUUGCUGUAUUGAAGGAAAACAAUGUUGACCCUUUUCAUCAUGUAGCACGACAUAUUACUAGGAACGAUUUCUUCCAGUUUGACUACAUACUGGGUAUGGAUGACUAUAAUAUAAGUGACUUGCUGUCUAUAAAACCUGUAGACUCUAAAGCCUACAUUGGCCUACUGGGAAGUUUUGAUGAGUCAGCUGAGGAUCCAGUGAUCCAUGAUCCUUUUUGUAGUAGCAAAACAAUAUUCCAAAAAGUGUACGCAAGAUGCUAUGCUGGUUGUCUAGGAUUCCUAAAAAGCAACCCUCAAAGAACUGCUGUAUGACGAUAAAGAAAAUUUGUCCUUGAAUUUGGAUGAAUCAAAAAUAUAUAUUUAUCCUUGAAAUUUGGUAAAAAGGUGGAAUAACCUUGAAAUUAGUUUUCUGUUUAAUAUGUCUUACCUUUCUAAUGGUUGUUGCUAUUGUUGUUGUUGUCGACGUCAUUAUUCUAAUAAUUUAUUACAAUAUUGUUCAGGACAUCAUUUUUGAAAAGUUAAACAUAUUUUGUUGGAAGUUAAAACAUAUACAUUAUAUGCAUCACCCAACAGGCUCUCUGAAAUGAACUAUAAUUAGGUCAUUGUGACUUCAUUUUAAGGUCAAAGGUCAAUUGGAUGUAAAAUCGUGAAUACUAUGUAAGGGGAGACAUACUUUUGUUCACACAAGUAAGCGACUACAUGUAGCUAGCUGUACGUUACAUUUUACACACAUUUAAAUUAAACAAAGCAUUUUGUGAUGAUUCUUGUCCAUUUUAGUAAGAGCUGUAUUGAAAAGGAGUCGGUGUGCAAUAUUGAUAUUUUGUUUUUAUUGUUACAACUCUACAUACAUAUAGCUUACAGCUUAGAUAUUUUGUACAGUAACUCUUUAUUAUUUUGGUAUUGCAUUUUCUGAACAAUAAUGGAAUCCUGUAUCUUUUUUAAAUCUCCAAAAGUUUGGUUCAAAAAAUUAGAUUCAUCUGCAGUAUAUCGUCUAAGCAUUCUGUCGAGAAUCAGAUGACACAAAGAAGAGUUUCAAGUGGGAUUUGCUAUUUGUCUUACUUAGAGUUGCUUGACCACUAAAGAGUUAAUUAAAGAAAAAACCUUAUAAGUUUUCACAAAAAUACUCGUUUCUUGUCAGGUGUGUAUUUAGUUGAUAUUUUCAGGAACAUCAAACUUCAAAUACAUUUGUGUAUUUUCAAAAGUCUUUGUUUUGAAAUACAAAACAUAUAGUUGUGAAGUAGAUUGAACUCUUACUUACAGUUGUAUUAGUUAAUUGUAGAAUUGGAUUAAAACAAAUUUAUAAGUGGGAUUUAUUCCCAUAUCAUUCGUUUUAGUAGGAAAGGCUUCAGGUUUAUAAUGCAAUAGCUUUCAUACGCAAAGAAAUUACUCAGGGAUACCACAGAAUACAAAGUGUAAAGGAGGAGAGUUGAUAAUAUUACAAUACAUGUCUAAACUGUUUUAAUUUUAGAUGUUUUGUUUUGAUGAUAGGCAUGUUUAUAUAUAUAUUUGUAUAUGUCACCAAGAACAAUUCUUGAUUUUUUUUGUGACUAAAUUAUAGUAAUGCUGUAAUGUGAUUUAGAUAUUUGAAUUUGUGUAAUUUCAUAAUUGUGAUUAUUUUCCUCAUUGCAGUACAUCAUUAAUCAGUUGUACGUUCCUGUGAACACAAUGUAGACAAUUUUAAUGUAAAGAGGUAUGUUAUGUACAAUGUAUACAAUAUAAACAUGUAUGCUACAUACAAUGUAUACAAUAUAUAAAAUGUAUACAAUAUUUAAAAUGUAUACAAUAUUUAUAUGUAUAUGAAUAUUACUUAGGACAACAAUAGAUCUAUACAAUGUGUACAAUAUUUGUGUCUUGAUAAAGGAGCAGCUGCCUUGAAAAUAUAACCUUUACAUUGUCAAUACUGUUGGAAUUACUUCUUUGCCCCAAUAAAUACUUUAUACAAUAUACAUGUAUAUACAAAUUAUACCAUGUAUACAAUAUAUAUACAAUGCAUGUUAUGCCAUGUAAACAGGUAUAUUACAUAUUUGUACAAUGUAUACCCUAUAUGAUCAAUGACCAAAGAGCAAUAGUACAGACAAGUAAAUUGUCAAAUCUGGAGGCAGUUUACUCCUUUAUCAGGACGGAUUACUAAAUUAUUGCAUCACAAUAAUUAUAUAAUGUGACAGAAUUAUCUGAAGAAAAACAUGUCAAUAUAUGUUUUAUAGAAUUGAGAGAUUUGAGAGUUUUCAAAUUUUUUAAUACUACGCGGAUUCAUACAGUUUGCAAACAAAAUGUGUUUCAUACCCCGAUGAAACUAAAAAAAAAAUGACAUCAAUGCUUAAAUGCAGAGUAUAGUGAAAGCAUUAACUGUACAUGACAAAUACGGAGUAUUUUUAAUACCCAGUUAAAUUGGAUAUACAGUUCAACUAGGUGAUCAAACUAAUUAUGCCUUUUAUAGUAAACUGAUUCAAAGUAUGAUUUGUUCUAAAACAUGUUCUACAGGAUAUUUAUUUUCAUAUAAUAAUAUUUUGCUUUAGGUUGACAUAUAUAUUUUUAUGUUUUAAGCACGUUUUUUUAUCAAAUAUUGGUAUGUUCUACAUAUUCCUUCCACAUUGUUUAUAAUAUAAAUAUGAUUAAUAUUUGUUGGUAUUUUCUAGUUUUUACAUGUUUUGGGUUUCAUAUUAUUUCAUAGUUUCACGCCAUUCUACAUUCUAUCAUACUACAUUACACGUCCAAAUUGUAAUAAAUGCUUUAUUGUACAUGUG